AUGUCUUCCUCCGAAGCAGAUGUGGCUGCCGAAAAAGCCGCCGCCGAGAAGGAAGCCGCCGAGCAAGCUGCCUUGCCGUACCAGUGGAGACAGACCAUUUCCGAGGUGGACAUCACCGUUCCGGUUCCGCAAGGCACUCGUGCUCGCGAUCUUGUGGUAGAAAUCAGCUCCGAGUCGCUGAAGGUUGGAUUGAAAGGACAGGAACCCAUCCUGGAAGUUUGUCCCCCGCAGCCCUCCCGGCCUGUCGCUCAUUAACUGGGAAUAGGGCAAAUUCCCCAAGCGUACCGUCCUCGACGAAUCAACGUGGUCCCUCGAAGACCAAAAAUCCGUCGAGAUCCAUCUGGAAAAGGUCAACAAGAUGGAAUGGUGGGCCCACGUCCUUACCCACCAUCCCCAGAUCGAUACCUCAAAGAUCCAACCCGAGAACUCAAGGCUUGGAGAUCUCGAUGGAGAAACCAGGGCCAUGGUCGAGAAGAUGAUGUAUGACCAGCGCCAGAAGGAGAUGGGCAAACCCACCAGCGACGAAGAGAAGAAGAUGGAGAUGCUGAGGAAAUUCCAGCAGCAGCAUCCUGGUGAGUGGGCCCUUGUUGGCAUUUGGUUUAUUGAUGUGCGAUACUAAUGAAGGCAGAAAUGGACUUUUCCAAUGCAAGGAUGGAGUAGUGGAUAUCCGCAUGAGCCACGCAUCCAUGGCCCAGCGUUAG